AUGGAUUGGCGACUACUGGACUACGCCAAGGAGGCUGAAGAGACCGCCAAUGGCCUUCUCAGCUUCGAGGGCGAGAUCCCCCAAUAUCGCAAGGACAUCAGAGGCUACAUGGCUGAGCUAUACGCCAUUUCGCACGCUCUGCGUGAGUUGGAUGAUGCACUCAGGUCCAUCAACUACAGAGGAUACGCAACCUACAUUAUCAAAGAUCUCGAGAUUUGUCUUCCAACUCUGGGGCAUACACUUGAUGAUGUACAAGACAUCUUCAGCAAGUCCAAGAGAAGUCGACACGCGGCGCCGGGUGCUUUCCCAGGCACCCCGCCUUACGCCAUCAUAUGGGAAGAUGCACUUGCGGAUUUCAAGACACAAGGCAUGUCCUUGCCACAAAGGUUCGAAGCAGUCAGAAUGUACCUGCAGGGUAUGCACGACACAUUAAAAGGAGAGGAAAAUGACGUUGAGUUGGCAAACUACAAGGUUUCAUUAUCCAAAUUGCUCAAGAAACAGAAGCCGAUAGAAUCAUACUUCAGCAAGCUUUCGGUCCAAGGAAGCGGCAGGAGUGGUGCGAAAACACCAAAGCCAUCUUCUCCAAGAGUUUCCCGACCUAAAAUACACAGCCAUCCUACAUAUCCGGUUGCCGCUUACAACUACUCACAUCCGUCAUCGCCUCUACCGCAUCGAGCUCAUAUUGCCCCAACAUGGGGUGGCAUAGGAGAUAUACCCUUUGUCCCACCACCCGUUCCAGAGAUUCCUCAAUCGCCCACACACUCGUCUGCAUCAUCACAGGCCUACUCAAGUCAAUCCACCGAUUCCGAGCCCGCUGCACAUUGGGCUAUGAAGAUAUUUGAUGGGCGCCACGGCUCAACACCAUUUCAGACACUAGGCGAGGCUACUGAGUGCUUUGGAAGAAACGAACCUCGUGUAAUCGGAAUGUUGCAGGACGACGGGUUUGAAAAAGUGUUGGAAUUGCCUUUCGAGGCUACCAACGUAUGGGUAAGGAUGUACUGCAGAGCUGAAGACAAUCGUGCGCGAAUCCUGUUCCUUUCCAUGGACUCUGAAGGCCGCCGCAUGAGAUAUCAGAUACCAAUCACAGCGCUAGCUCUGCGGCGAGCCGGCUCAUGUCUACUGCUCUGUCGGGCCAAUCGCCGCGAUGGGCAACUAGAUCUCUGGGCUAGGUUACGCUUUCCCCUCUACGAACGUAUGGUUCUGUUCUACUGUACCGCCAUUGCCAUGAAACGACAAGACCAAACUGCUGUUGCAGAGGGACUUGUCGACUUUUUCGAGCCCGAGAGCAUCAUGUUUAGCGGUGAGACUACAGACAGCAGAUAUCUACACGCUUUCCGUAUCUACUAUGAUGAAGAUGCGGGCUGCGUGCGUUUCGAGGCUACUGCUCGUCGAGGUCCAAUGAACACCAUACCCAUCUGGACUGCCUUCGUUACACAGUAUGUUGGACGCAGGGACUGGAUGAAACGUGUCAGUCCCGACACGAUACAGUUCGAAAAGUUGCAUCCGUACGUGUUCUGCGACAGCUACAGGCUACCCAAGGGACCUACGGGCAAAUACCGGCUCACUUUCACGACCCCUGAAGAUGCAAAACAAUUCAGAGAGAGCUUCUAUCGAAUCGGCAUGGCUUGA